CCCUCGCCGCCGCCGCCGCCACCCCCGCCACCCCCGCCCCCCAAUCUCCCCGCGGCAGCCAUGGCGAACAUGCAGGAGUCGCUCGGCCUGGUGGGCACGAUGCGCGGCCACAACGACGUGGUGACGGCGAUCGCCGCGCCGAUCGACAACUCGCCCUACAUCGUGUCCGGCUCCCGCGACAAGUCGCUGCUGGUCUGGGACCUCACCAACCCGGUCCAGUCCCUCGGCGACGGCACCGUCGGCACCGACUACGCCGUGCCCUUCCGCCGCCUCACCGGCCACGGCCACUUCGUCCAGGACGUGGUCAUCAGCUCCGACGGCCAGUUCGCGCUCUCGGGCUCCUGGGACGGCGAGCUCCGCCUCUGGGACCUCUCCACCGGCCUCACCACCCGCCGCUUCGUCGGCCACUCCAAGGACGUCAUCUCGGUCGCCUUCUCCGUCGACAACCGCCAGAUCGUCUCCGCUUCCCGCGACAACACCAUCAAGCUCUGGAACACCCUCGGCGAGUGCAAGUACACCAUCGGCGGCGACAUGGGCGGCGGCGAGGGCCACACCGGCUGGGUCUCGUGCGUCAGGUUCUCCCCCAACAUCCAGCAGCCCACCAUCGUCUCCGGCUCCUGGGACAAGACCGUCAAGGUCUGGAACCUCACCAACUGCAAGCUCCGCUCCACCCUCGCCGGCCACGGUGGCUAUGUCAAUGCCGUCGCCGUCAGCCCCGAUGGCUCGCUCUGCGCCUCCGGCGGCAAGGACGGCGUCACUCUGCUCUGGGACCUGUCCGAGGGGAAGAGGCUGUACCAGCUGGAAGCCGGCUCCAUCAUCCAUGCGCUCUGCUUCUCGCCCAACCGCUACUGGCUCUGUGCCGCGACAGAGGAGUCUGUCAAGAUCUGGGACCUCGAGUCCAAGCAUGUCGUGCAGGACCUCAAGCCAGAAGUCCAGGUCUCCAAGAACCAGAUGCUGUACUGCACAAGCUUGAGCUGGAGCGCGGACGGAAGCACCCUCUACACCGGAUACACCGACGGAACCAUCAGGGUCUUCAAGAUUCAAGCCGGGUUCGCCGGGUACGCGUAGGAGUCUUGCUGGCCGAAGAGGUUGUAAUGCCUGUCAAGUUUUUGACUGUUCUGAGGCACUUGGUCUGCCUGGUACUUUCAGCUUGAGUUACUAUUUACUUUCUGCUUAGGUGAUUUGUUGAUGAGCACAUUAUAAGGUACUAUGGAAGACGAUCUGUUUCGCACCAGGGUUUUGCUUUUGACUGCUGCUUUCAAUAUACUGCAACUAUUUAGCCGUGCC